AUGCGGUUCAUAACUUCUGCUAUCUGCGCACUGGCAGCAUCUGUCACGACAGUCAAAGCCCUGUCUAAUAAUACCUCACAACCUCUACCACCACCAACAGCCGGUGAUGGUCUUCCAUCGAACUUUGGGUUGCUGCUCUUCCCCGAAUUCCAGUCGCUAGACGUCUUUGGCCCUCUCGACGCACUGAACCUGUUCUCACUGGCUCGAAAGCUGAAUCUGUCCAUCAUCGCCGAAACAAUGGAUCCAGUCUCAACCCAGGUCCGGUCUGCACAGAUAAACAAGUUCGGAUCUACGUUUGGGGAAUCCAUCCUGCCCACGCAUACAUUCAAAAACGCACCGCCGCUCGACGUGCUGCUUAUCCCUGGCGGCUAUGGAACCGACAGCCCUGACAUUGGCCCAGCAAUCGAAUUCAUCAAGAAAACAUAUCCAAGCCUGCAGUACAUCCUGACCGUUUGUACCGGUUCUCAACUGCUAGCACAAGCGGGUAUAUUAGAUGGACGACAUGCGACUACCAACAAGCAGGUGUACAACAGGGUUAUCAAGCAUGGACCGAACGUCAAAUGGGUGCCUGAGGCGAGAUGGGUGGCUGACGGGAACAUCUGGACAUCAUCGGGAGUGUCGGCGGGUAUCGACUUGAUGUUUGCAUUUCUCGACGCCGUGUACGGGACGGUGCUGAGCAACCAAGUGAGCGAAGGGAUGGAGUACGUGCGCAAUGUGGACUGGAGGAACGAUCCAUUCGCACAUUAUAUAAAGGAUGGCGCGCCGAUGUCUUGA